AAAUACUUAAAUCAUAAAAUCGAAUACAUUUUGCCUAAUUGAUGCGCUUUUGUUGUAGCGAUGUUGUAAAACGCCGUUUGGUGGUAUGGUAGUCAUCGAAACCUAGGACGUUCCGACCGAGUCAGUGCAAAGUCUCUUUGGUCAAACCUUGUACUUCGUCGGCGUAUUGUAGGAAUGACCGCUUAAUGUUCCUAGAAGGCGCUUCCGCAUGGAGAUGACUAAAAAACAUGGUUUCUGCGAAAACAUAUGGGCGACGAGUUUCUUCUUUCUAUGCUCAUUUACUAUGGACAUGCAGGUUUCACUAUGUACUCGUAGUAGGUGUCCUUCAGAGGACAUGAUCUUAUAGUCCUAAAUAACGUUUUAUGGUCAAGCGCUGACAUUGUUUCGUAAAGGAUGACUACUUCUCAUGAACUACGUAACGAAACUAUUUGGCAUCGCAAAGAACCAAGACUGGUCUAUGCUUGGCUCAUUAGCCUAACGCUUUAGACUAACCAAAACUAUGUAACGCAAAACCAGUAAUGCUGUGGAAUGACUUCAAUAGAAACAAGACAAGAUUGUUUGAGUGUGCAAGUUCUUAGAAGAAUUGUAGACCGCUUCACCUUUCUAAACAUUGAACCGAUGCAGCGAAACCCGAAUGUGCCAACUACAACUAAUAUGUAGAGUUAGUUAAAAAUGAAAUACUUAGAGUUAAGAGUACAAAAGUUUAAGUUCAAAUACUCAAAUUCACAAUUUUUUGUAUCAUAUCUGGAGCUUUGUGAAGCAUCUCUUUGUACUAUAUAGUUUACUCGUUUUCGUUUAUCCAACUAGCGGUAAAAAAACCAAACUUGGCUAAGCAUUGAAAAAUUAACUAAAAUGACUGCCGCGAUUUGAUAGACUAGACCAAUAUCCAUCAGGUCUAGGUAUUUACUUAAUAAAGUUCUGAACUUUAGUUCUAGUAAUAGUCUAUUCCUAAAAAGCUAAAAUUUUAAUCCCAUUCCACAUUUUUUCAAAAAAGUGCAUCCUAAACGAAACACUUAUGUUUAAGAGUAAUAGAAUUCAAUGUUCGGAAUUUUCCUCUUAGUAGUGAAGUCUUAAAGUGAAGAUAGACUUAGGAUAGUUGAACCACUGUACUUUUGUGAAGAGAAUACCGCUAGAUAUGGAUCAAGAGCUACACAUCUAUUAACGAAUCGCUUUCAUUAUAUUACCAAUCUGAGGCGGUUAACGUCUAUUCCUGCCGAUUCGCCUGGUUUCACGAAGCUGAGUCAUCAAGUCUUAAGUUAGCCUUCAGUCUAGUGACAGCUGGAGAAUCGAAAAAAAAGUGCUUAGACACCUCGUGUUUCUCCUUAAAGUGAAGAUACUUGAAAAGUUUUCCAGUAAUAUGUUAAUGUUGUCUAUAAAUUUUUUUAAUUUUAAUUUUUCAGAGCUUGAGCCUGGCAAUGCUAAACUGAUAUAUGUAUGUAUUUUCGGUUUUGAAAGAAAUAAUGUGGAAUAUUCGAAAUUUGCUGCAAUUUAUAAUUUGUUUUGUCUACUAAAUCUACAUUAACGCAUGGAUCUGAAAGCACUUUUAUUGAAUUCUAUUUCGAGUAAACAACCUCUGCUACUUAAUAGACGCAUGCAUAUCGGAAAAUGCUGUUAUUCGGUCACCUUUGAGGUUGAUGGUAAAAUGUUAACCGUUAUACGCAUAAGACAAAUCUAUGCCAAGGCACCUUUUCAAAUGCGCGUGCAGCGGCGUCAACGAUUCCUGCAGAAAUUGAAAAGUUGCUCUUCGAUAAGUGACAAUUCCGACCUUAAGCCGAAAUCUUCGCCAACACGUACAAUUCUACCCCAAUUUGCCGAUUGCUCAACCCAAACAUCGAAGCCGGAAGUGCGUAGUCGCUCAACGGAGACGGAAAUACACACACUUCCGGUGCAUCGUGAACAACAGACCAGUCGUCGCAUACUGCGCAAACAAGGCACACAAACCGAUCCAAAUACUUUGUGUCAUGGCGUUCAAACCGAACGUAAAAUAUUUGCGCGAGCCACCCAGACGAACGAAAGUGGCGCCGAAACUUCAACAACCCAAACCGAAUCCUAUUGCUAUAGCAAUCAGGUGCAAACGGAACCGUUCGAGGAUGACUUAAGUGCUGAGCGGGAAAAGGAGGCGGUUGUAUUUAUGCUAAACGAAAUCGGCGAAAUGAUUAUCAAUCAAAAUCAUUUGCUGCAGAACAAUACAACAAUGUUGAGUCAGAUGUCGGAGAUGACGAUGUUGAAUAAGGUGGCAGCGCAGCAAAAAAGCUGCCAGAAUUAUGAGAAAAAGUAUAAAUUUCACCGUUUCACUCGAAAGCAUGGUAGAUUCCGUUAUUCACCCAUGCCGUCAAAACCAUUGCCAGUUGACAAGAGGUGGGGUAUAAGCGAAAUCAAUGGGCACAAACUAUUUAUCCCAUAGGCCUCUCCACCAAAACGACGCAAACGCGGCAAGAAAUUCAAAGACGCAAGCGUUUUAGCCUCUUUUGUUUGAAAUUAUGACAAAAUUCGACUUUAUUCAAAUUAUACACCUCCGAAACUAAUAGAUUAACCAGUCUGUGAUCUAGUGAUGAAUUUACAAAUGGUUUGGUCACUUUAUGUCACGAUUGAUCAAUGCAAAUUUGCUUAUUUACUUGCUCUUACUAUAAUUGUGACACGAAUUUGCUCAAAAUCACUCAUUUUUUCUAUAUUUUGUAAACUAAAACUCUUAAAGGUUGUAUGUAAAGGGGUUUUCAAUAAAAGCGCACCAAUGAAAAAGUA